AUGUGGCACCAAACUUCCACUCAAGGAUGGGCAGCCGGCUUGCUGGCUAUGGCUUCGUGCUUCUCAUGGCUGCCCGGUGUCGUCGCAAGUCCACCAGCGGCCCCAGAGCUCUCUUUUCUCUACACGGCAUUCGUAGAAUGUGAAGGAGAUCUAAUGGAUACAUCUAUUGGACCACAUGGGCAGAGAAAGGCUAUCCCCAUUGUCGGUGGAAACUUCACUGGACCCCAUCUUUCAGGCAAAAUCGAAAAUGUUGGGGCUGACUGGGGUCUCACUGAUCCCCGAACCAACAUUUUCUCAGCUGAUACUCGAUACAAUCUUCGCACCGACGAUGGAGCGGAUAUAUUCAUUCAGACUGCUGGACCCAAGGCCCCUGAUGGCCAUUUACAUCUUCGUUUGAUAUUCGAAACAGGAAGUCCCAAAUACUACUGGCUGAACAAUGUUCUUGCCAUUGGCGUACUGACAUCCGGGCUUCCAUCUAACGGGAACCUGAAGGUACUGCGAAUCGAUGCCUGGAAUUUUGCUUCUGACUGGAGCUCGACGAAUUUUGUCAACUCGACUUCGGUAUGA